CAUAAUGAAUAUUUAAAGAAGAAGGAAAAAAAAAAAAAGAUUCUCGGAGUCCCCAAGAGAACUAAAAAAAGGAAAGAGAUCAUAGUAAUUUCCAUUUUCAAACAAAGAAAAGGAAAGGGACGAGAAGCAAUGCCCCCAUUACUUUCUCUUCUUAUCUCUCUCGUAAGUUAAAAAGCUUUGCCCUUUAAAGACGACAUUAACCAACCACAAGAUCCUUAAUCUUGGCCUUUCGAUCAGAUUCAUGGCAACGACUCCUCCUUCACACGCCACAGAUCUUAUUCCUUCAGAGGAGCAGCCUGCUAAUCUGGACAUCAUGAAGGAGCAGCCUGUGCCGGCAAACAAUGAGUCCUCUCAGGAAUCUGCAGUUGUAGUUCAUCCAGCAAAGGUUGCUCCACUCUCUGGACCUUAUGGUAUAACAGGUGAUCUUGCUGGACACUUGCCUAGCAGCAUCCUCUCUCCUCAAGCUCAAGGCUUUUACUACACAGGUUAUGAAAACCCCACAGGUGAAUGGGACGACUACUCUUCCUAUGUCAAUGUUGAAGGAUUGGACAUCACAUCUCCUGUUGGCUUCAAUGAGAAUGCUUCUCUGGUAUACCAAACAGGAUACGGAUACAACCCUCAAAUGCCCUAUGGACCAUAUUCCCCUGCUGCAAGCCCCUUACCUUCUGAGGGGCAGUUGUAUUCACCGUAUUACCAGCAGGUAGUUCCUCCUAGCAUGCAAUAUAUAUCGUCUCCAACUCAGCCAGAGCUCACCAGCCUUGUUGGUGUUGACCAACAAGGCGAUAACAUGGGAGGACCAAGACCGUCUUACCAUCCUCAUCCUAUUGGACCGUUUAAUGGAAACCAGCCAAACCUUGGUUUCCCUGAGUGGCAGCAAGGCUUUGAUGGGGGGAUAUGGUCGGAUUGGUCCAAGCCUUCUGAUAUGCACAGACAUUCUUCUCAUGUUUCACCUGCUUUAUCUCCUCAGCCACUCGGUUCAUUUGGAUCAUAUGGCCACAACAUUCCCAUGGGCUCACAGAGACAGAGAUCGUUUUACGGUUAUGGAUCUGGUUCAAACUCUUACAACAGAGGUUACAUGCAUAGUGGUGGUCAUGGCCAAGGCUCUAACUAUGGAAGUAGGCUCAUUUCUAAUGUGAGUAUGGGAAACCAAAGCUGGAUUGGCGUUGACAACAUUCGAGGACGUGGAAGAGUCAGUGAUCCAUCAUCCCUUGGUGGCGGUUAUAAUGGUAACUUUGAUAUCCUCAACGAGCAAAACCGAGGACCAAGAGCUUCAAAGCCCAAGACUCAGGUAUCAUCAGAGGAGCUUGAUUCUUCUGCUGACACUAAGAAACAUAACAAAGGCAGUACAAAGGAACAUGAGGACUCCAACAACAAUAGUAAUGACUUUGUCACAGACUACAAUAACGCUAAGCUCUUCAUAAUCAAAUCUUACAGUGAAGACAACGUUCACAAGAGCAUCAAAUACAAUGUAUGGGCUAGCACAGCUAAUGGAAACAAAAAGCUUGAUGCUGCUUAUCGUGAGGCCAAGGACGAGAAAGAACCAUGCCCAGUGUUUCUUCUGUUCUCUGUAAACGCUAGCUCUCAGUUCUGUGGUGUGGCCGAGAUGAUUGGACCUGUGGAUUUUGAGAAGAGCGUUGAUUACUGGCAACAAGACAAAUGGAGUGGACAGUUUCCAGUGAAGUGGCACAUUAUCAAAGAUGUUCCAAACAGUCAGUUCCGUCACAUUAUAUUGGAAAACAAUGACAACAAGCCUGUGACUAAUAGUCGUGACACUCAAGAAGUGAAACUGGAGCAGGGGAUUGAGAUGCUGAAGAUAUUCAAGAGCUAUGAUGCUGAGACUUCAAUCUUGGAUGAUUUUGAGUUUUAUGAAGAGAGGGAGAAAAUAAUUCAAGACCGGAAGGCGAGAAGACAGCCAAGCUUGCCGUCUGGAGUAGUAGAAAGCGGAGAUAAACCCUCUUCUGCUGCUGCGUUGCAGACAGACUUGAUCAAGAACAUGUCCAAAAGUUUUGCUCAGGUAGUCCGGUUGGAUGAGGGAAGCAAAGAAUCAGGAAAGACAAGUUCAUCUCCUGAUGCAACUACAACAACGGUGGCUGUCAGUCAAUCCAACUAGUAAGUAAAAGACAACAAAUUAGCAAAGACUUAUGUUUUCAGUUUCCAUAAUGAUCUCUUGUUUGUUCUAAGAAGGGUAUUAAAAAGAAACUUCACGUCUGACAAAGUCUAGUUUCUUGUGUAAAGUAAAAGCCUCUUUUGGCUCUUUUUAUGUUCCCCAUUAGCCAAAUUUGAUUCAUUUCCCUUAUUUCAAUGUUAUGUACCCAUAUCUCUUUGGGGUUGAUAAGAAGAUGUAUGAAAGACAAUAUAAUGUUGCUCUUGUAAAGUUGCUUCAUAUAUCUUUGAAGUCAGUGUGUAAUAAACAUGCAGAUUACACCCGUUAA